UGACAUGACGGUCCCGCAAACCGGAAGAGAACCGACGGCCAACAAGGCCGCUGACCCGAGUCUGCCGCUGCUCUUGUCCACAAUGUGACGGUCUCCGCCGCCGACCUCCGACCGUGUCCCCCUUGUCUACUUCCCAGACAACUCCGCCAUGGCGCAGUGCGUGCAGUCCGUCCAGGAGUUUGUCCAGGACUCUUUCGUACCGAUGGUAGCCGUGCUGUGCAGCGACGAGGCAGAGAGGCUCACCAGCAAAAACAAGCUCAACUUCGCCGAGCUGCUCAGGCCUUUCUGCCGGCUCACGUCCGAAGGUCACUUGCGGGACCCCAACAACCAGCUUCUGGUGGUCAAGAACCUUCGCAUCUGCGUGACCAAGGUGGUGCCGAGCACCGCCCCACCUCUGUUGGGCGCCGCCCUCAGCCCGGGCCAGCGCCACCACCUCGACCAGGUGGUGCUCUCCUGCCAGCCACAGGAGGGCGCUGUCUCUACCGCUGUUGCUGCGGGAGACUACGACCUCAGCUUCAACGACGAAGCUCUUAAAUGUAGCGCCCCCUGGUUCAGUUCGUGGAAAGACGCGCUGACUGAGGCGUGCGCCUCCAAGCAUUUCUCAGCGAGCACGCCCUGGUUCGAGGUCUACCGGGAGAAUUUCCUUCAGUCCAUGCCGGCCUCUGACCACGAGUUCCUCAACCACUACCUGGCCUGCCUGCUGGUGGUGUCGUCGGGCGAGGCGGCGCCGGUAGAGCAGUUUGUCAAGCUGUCGCAGGAGCAACACCGCAUCCAGCACAGCGGAGACUUCACCAAGCCCAAGUGGUUCAUCCCCAACACGCUGAAGUACUACGUACUGCUGCACGACGUGGGCCAAGGCGACGAACGACGGGCCGAGGCCGUCUACGAGGACAUGAAGCAGCGCUACGGCCCUCAAGGCUGCUACCUUCUCAAGAUCAACUCUCUCGUCGCCGAGCAGGAGGAACAGAUUCAUGACUUGUGGACUCACUACCUGCGCAGCCAGGAUCAAGCGGACGAUAAUGUCGGUCCUGCUGUGAGCUCUUCGGCGGAUAAAAGCGGCAGCACAACAGAGGAGCCUUCUGCAGACACAGGUGGCCGUCUGGAGCAGGACUCGCCCAGCGCCUCAAGGGAGGCAGACAUUACGGCAGGGGGCCACGGCGCGUGUCUGACCCUCAGCGACCACGACCGCAUCCGCCAGUUUGUCCAAGAGUUCACCUUCAGAGGCCUGCUGCCUCACAUCGAGAAAAACAUCAGGCAGCUCAACGACCAGCUGGUGUCCCGAAAAGGCUUGAGUCGUUCCCUCUUCACAGCCACCAAGAAGUGGUUCGGUGGCGGCAAAGCGCCCGAAAAAAGCAUCAGCGAGCCCAAGAGCACCGGCGGCCUCCUCUACCCCCCAGAGGCCCCCGAGCUGCAGAUCAGGAAGAUGGCCGACCUGUGCUUCCUGGUGCAGCACUACGAGCUGGCCUACAGCUGCUACCACACGGCCAAGAAGGACUUCCUGUCGGACCAGGCCAUGCUUUACGCCGCCGGCGCCCUGGAAAUGGCCGCCGUCUCGGCCUUCCUGCAAGGCGGAGCCGUGCGCCCAUAUCCUGCCCACUACAUGGACACAGCCAUCCAGACCUACAGAGACAUCUGCAGGAACGUGGUGCUGGCCGAGCGCUGCGCUCUCCUCAGCGCCGAGAUCCUCAAGAGUCAAGCAAAAUACUCGGAAGCGGCUGCGCUGCUCAUCAAAAUGACCAGUGAGGACUCAGACCUGCGUAGCGCUCUGAUGUUGGAGCAGGCGGCCCACUGCUUCAUUAACAUGCGCACUCGCAUGCUGCGCAAGUUUGCCUUCCACAUGAUUCUGGCGGGUCACCGCUUCAGCAAAGCGGGCCAGAAGAGGCACGCACUGCGGUGCUAUUGCCAGGCAAUGCAGGUGUACAAGGGCAGGUCGUGGUCCCUGGCCGAGGACCACAUCAACUUCACCGUCGGGCGCCAGUCGUUCACGCUGGGCCGGCCCGAGAAGGCCGCGCAGGCCUUCAAGCAGAUCCUGACCAACGACAGCCGGCAGACAGCCGCGCAGCAGGGCGCGUUCCUCAGGGAGUACCUCUACGUUUACAAGACGGUGAUCAGCCGGAGUGGCGUGCGUCUGCCUCAGCUGCCGCUGCCAUGCAUCCAUGGCGCUGCCACCAGGGUCUACUUUGGGCACGAGCGCCGCCUAGCCGAGGGUGAGAAGCAGGCUGCCACGCACGUGUCACUGGACCAGGAGUAUGAUGCCGAGCAGGCAGCCAUGUGGUGCAAGCUGGAGGAGCAGCUGGUGGCUGCUGCCAAUCGAGGGGUGGUCCCCGCCAACUUUCAGCCCAGCCAGUGCUACCUCAACAGCCAGACGGACAAUCUGCGCCACCCACUGGCCGUUGUGGAAGAGCCGGUGGUGGUGGAGGUGGUGUUCAGGAACCCUCUGAAAGUUCCGCUGGCGCUAUCCCGCCUCUCGCUGGUGUGGAAGUUUACGCGCGACACCCAUGCUGCUGCCGCCACGGAGGACGCCGGAGAAGAACUCUUCAGCAACCAGGACACGUUGGAGAAAGAGUCAAGGCAGACAGAUGAUGUGGUCACCACCGAGACCAUCCUGGACUUCCACUUGGCCCCCGAGGAAACCAAAAUGGCUCGACUCAGGCUGCUGCCGCACCGGACGGGCUGCCUGAGUAUCACGGGCGUGGUCUAUGACCUGGCUGCUGCAUCCCCGGCGGAGACGCCGGACGACGAUGACGGGCUGCAGAAGGCCGAGACAAUAAUCGUCAGCGGCAAGCAGGACCUGAAGAUCAGAGGCCCGCGACUCAAUCACACCAAAGAGGACAAAAUGUUUGUGCGCUACGGACCCGACCGGCGCUUGGAGCCCAUCGUUACGCCACCGAUGCCCCUCAUGGAGGUGUUCUUCCUGCAGUUCCCGACAGCGCUGCUGUGCGGCGAGAUCCGCAAGGCGUACGUGGAGUUCUGCAACGUGAGCGGCGUGUCCCUAUGCGGCCUACGCGUGGCGUCCACUCACCCCGAAUUCUUCACAUUCGGGAAUCCGUCGGCCGGCACGCCGCUGACGCCGCUUAGCCCCGCCUCUGCCGAGAACUGCUCGGCCUACAAAACCCUGGCGGCGGCACCCGGGUCCGGCGCGGCCUGUGAGACGCUGGUGUCUGCCGACGACUUUGGGCCCACGUCUGACGUGGUGGACGUCCCUGUCGGCGGCACGCUGGAGCCAGGACAUUCCGUGCAGCUCCCGCUCUGGCUGCGAGGACCUGACCAGGAAGGAGUCCACGAGAUCAACUUCCUCUUUUACUAUGAAAGCCCAGACAAACGAAGCAAGAUCAGCCACCGGGUGGUUCGUCACUCGGUGUUUAUUUGCGCCAGUCGCUCUCUCAGCGUUCAAGCGUCGGCCCACGCCAGCGCCAUACCUCCUCAGCGAGGACAGGACCAGGAUGGCGGCAGCACGCUGGUCUUCAUCGAUGUUGAAAACAUCAACACGAGCGACGCUGGCGUGCGCGAGUUCCACAUCGUCCAAGUUUCCAGUGGCAGUCAACACUGGAGCCUCAGCAAGUGCAUCAACCCGGCCAAGGAUAAAGACUGCAAAGUAAGCAGCAAAGAGCGAGCCAAGCUUUGUUUCAGAGCGGCACCGUGCAAAGCUCGCCGAGCUUCCUUGGACCGCGCCGAGAUGUUCACCUUUGCCGAUGUCAAUCUGGGUGACGAGCGGAUCGUAAGUUCGGCCACGCCCUGCGGCGACUUCUUCUUCCGCUGCCGCCGGACGUCCAAGGCUUGCCGUGCCGACGCCUGCACCUCGGGGUCAAGGACGCCCUCCGGCGGCAGAAGCCUGGGCGAGGACUUGGCCCGCGUGGUCAACGAGUGCGACCGGCUGGACCUCAACAUUAUUGUCAUCUGGAAGGCUUACGUGGUGGAGGACAGCAAGCAGCUGAUCCUGGAAGGUCAACUCCACGUGGCGCUGCAGGCGGUGGGCGAAGAGGCCACUUCCCUCGCUCCCAAGCAGGACACUCAGGAGAUGGUUCUGCUCAAGUUCAAGUCGGAUCCGCCACCUCCCGCCGUGCCGCCAUCCACGCAACUGUCACGACUCAUCAAGAGCAACCUGCGCUACUCGGAGACAUACGCGCAUGACUUUGCACACGACAGUGUUUGUGUGGUUCCCGUUUGUUUGGUUUUGUCCAACUGCUGCCGGACUGAUGUCGAUAUCACAGUAGACCUCAGGCACAAAACCACCAGUUCUGAGUGGAGCGAGUGCGCGUGUAGCUUCACCUGGGUUGGCCAGACCCGCUACCGGCUGGCGCUUUGUCCCCGGCAGACGCGUCACCUGGAGCUGCAAGCCUGCUUCCUCAUGCCCGGUGUCUACAACAUCAACACGCACGCAGUCUGCGCCGCGCCGUGCCUCGAUGGCCAUCACCGUGACGACGCCGACGCCCAACCGGAGGUUGCGCAGCACGGCGCCGGACCAGCGCUUAUCGUCAUCACCGACAGCAGCCAAUGACAUUGCCGCAACACGCACCGCAAGGGCCAACGUGAAGAAGAGCCCAAAAGGGAGGCUAGUGUCCUGGAUUUUCAUCAGGAGCUUUCAUGCAACCACUAACUGCAGUGUGCGUGCGUGCCACCAGAUGACAGCAUUAGUCGUUCCUUUGGGUCUCAUCAAGGUCAGCUUCAAUUGACAUUUGGGAAGUUGCAAGGUAAAAGAAAAAAAAAAAGCAAUGUGGUUCAUUUUUGACCAAGAAACUGAAAAAGCGCAGCAUGUCUUAAAUGUUUGACGAGCCCUCCCCCAUGAAUGCUGCGGGAUGCCGCGAUCAUGUAAUCGGUGCCGGUGUCCGAGCGCGGCAAACUCAGAUUAGAAAGCGAACAAUCCUGAGUUUUGUUUUUAAGUCUGACAAUGGCGCCACUUUUUGUGUUUAUGGUGUAUUAUAUUUAUAACACUUAUCAUGUACAUAGAAAAUAAACCAACUAAUUCUCCAUU